ACUGAUGGGUCAGAAUGACCCGAAGAUAACACAAGGGUUAAGUAACAUCAAAACAUAGAAGUAAGAACCGCUUGCGUCAGGGGCUGGGGGCGGGGUUACCGUGACCAACAAGACGAAAAGAAUCCUUGAGGACUCGUUACUUAUGAGCAGGCUCAAACGUAAUUCACGAGCGCAGAAUUCCGACGGAAUUUCAAAUAGAAUGCAUUGGUCUGAGGCAAAAUUUUAAUAAACGUGUCAACUCAUAUUACGUCUUUUGAAAUAUUUAACCUGUAAACAGAGCCCAUUGCCACCAGGGGGGUAUUCGUCGUAGCUCGCUAAGCGGUUUAGAGAGCUAAUUUUCAGGCUAAGAUAAAAAACGCCCCUCUUUUUAGUUUGUGGAAGCAACUUUCGAUAAAUCACCAUAGUAACAUCAAUUAGCACUAACCUGCUCUAGGGCCCCGUUCGUCGUAAGGGUUGAAGCUAAGUUAAUCAAUUGUCCCUUUAGCCCGUUAACAUUAGCGAGAUGAGUGAGAACAGCAAAUAUCGGUUCGUCAACGGCUGAUCCGCAUCCAAAUCAUGUGGUUAAUUUCAAUCAGGCUAAACUUAUCAGGGAAAUUGCACGUGCACGUCCUACUUCAAAAGGCAGGAAAGGUCGAUCCCCAAAACCGUGAUUUUCUAACGGUAUUAUGGCGGAAAUGACAAACGUUAAAGAGAGAGCGGUGACAUUCUCGCCAUCGGAGCAAACGAUAAUAAUGAGUCUCUACGACGACUAUAAAGAAAUAAUAAUGGCUAAGUCAAACACCGCCACUGCUGCCAGAGCAAGACAGGCAGCUUGGCAAAAAAUUGCCAAUAAGCUAAAUGCGUAAGUUUUGGGGAAAUGUAUAGGCUCAUCUUAAGUGCCUCAUUAACCCAAUCAGAUCACAUUUCUUUAAAUGUGCCUGCUGGCAGUAGGCUUAAUGGAAAUUAAUCAUCGAAUGAGAUCUUGCUAGCGAAAAUAAUGAUCUCAACUCUUACAGAAUAAGUAGGCCUAGAUAAAACCAAGGCCAAAGAGUAUCUAAUUGAUACGAAUUCAUAGACACUUAUGAUGAUGUAUGUACUGAAAGCGCUUAUUUAUCAUGUACUAUAUAUGUGCAUAUGCAUGCAUGUGUAGAUGACCAUAUAGAAGUAUGAGUUUGAAUAUGCAUGUGCAAAUCUGUGUAUGGGCGGAUCACAGUAUGUAUGUAGGCUAUGUAUUAUUCAAUCAAUUGAAGCAGUGAAAAGAAACUGUGUUAGAUUCUCUCCGUAUCAUGAGUCCACUUUAAUAAUUUCCAACAAUAAUGAUAUGGUAUGGUGUACUAAUAACACUGUCAUAUAAUUAUGAGUGCUUUCAACCCCCAUGUAGUUGCAACCCGGCCACUAAAAGAACUUGGGAGCAAGUCAAAGUGAAGCACAAGAACAUCAUUCAGGCUGCAAACAAGAAAAAGGCGGAUAUGCUGAAGACGGGGGGAGGACCCCGAGGUCCUGAGCUAACCCCUGCUGAGGAGCUGGCCCUGGCCAAUAACAGGGGUAGGCCAAUCAUGCAGGGCAUAGCUGGGGGCAGCUCCUCUGGAGAGGUGGUGGCAGGAGAGAAUCCGUAUGUCCAAGUGACCGGAGGUUCGAUCACACUCCUGCAGCCACCUCCCAAUGUGUUGGUCAGGGGAGAGGAGCCCACUGAUGAGGUUGGUCUAGACGAUGAGGACACACUUUCCGCCUUCUCCAGCGAUUUGGCAAAUCCUGCUGGACCACGGCCUGCUCCGCCGGAGGCUGGCCCUUCUCGCUCUUUGGGAACUGGGGAUGGGGAGACUGACACUGAAGAUGUGCGCACGCUAUACAAGCGCUACUUGCGUGCCAAGAUUCACAACCUCAACUUAAGCUCAAUUAAGCUGGAUUUGGAGGUUAAAUUGCUUAAACGGCAGCUGAAUGAUGACCAAUAAAAGGGGAAAAAAUAAAGGCUUUAUUGUACAACA